AUAAAAUCAAAACGAAGCUUUUAGGAUUUCAGUACUAUCCCAUAUCUAUCUUCAACAAUGGAUGUAUAUAUAGAAAUAUCUUUAUCGGUUUGCGCAAAGUUGAGCUGAAUUAGCCUAGGAAUCUGGCCGGCCGUCAGAAUAAACUCAGUCUGUUCUAACCACAUCUGGAACGCUUAAAUAUUUAACCACAGUAAAUCCGGCGGCAUUAUUUCCCUCCCCUCCCCAACCCAACCACGACCGAAAGCUCUCGCUCAACUCGAUUCCUCCAGCCAUUGGACGUCACCCACAGUGAGUGCUAUCGUCCGCUGAGCAGAUGCGGACUUCUUGCUCUCGAUGGGUAAGCCAAGUGAGUCUGGAUAGGCCAUUUGCAAGUUUCGCCCGCUCACACAUUUCGUCCCUGAAUGGAACAGCGAUACAGCAAACCUUCCGACCGGUCCGUUGGUCGUCAACAAAUACACCGACUGUCGCAGAGGCAGCCAGCGUGAACGAUAAAAAGGGCUGGAAAAACAGGAUCGCAGAGAUCACAAAUAUUUACCGAGAACCAUACCCACGACUGUCCGUCGAUAAGCGGUCAAUCAGCUGUGACGAGUUCCACUCCAAAUAUAAAGACAUAAAACCGAACGAAACUGCAGAGCAGGACUUAGUGGUUAUCUAUGGUAGAAUACAAUCUACACGUAUUGCGGGGAGCAAGUUGAUAUUUCUUGACCUUGUGCAGAAUGGACGGAAAGUGCAGAUUCUGUGCAACCAGAGACAUCUGGAUGGCACUGGCGUGACGCCAGAGAAAUUUAAGCAGUUCUAUCAUCUUCUGCGGCGUGGGGAUGUUUUCUCUGCCAUCGGAAAACCCCAUAGAACAGGCCGCGGGGAGCUCUCCGUGACCGCAUCCGAGCUUCCCAAGCUCAUCACGCCAUGCCUACACGAUAUCCCGCUCCGUAUCAAAGAGCAAGAAUCUUCGCCGUAUGACCGGCACGUCCAACUACUCUCCUCCCCCACCGCGGCCGAUAUCCUUCGAGCUCGGUCAUCCAUCAUUCAGUACAUACGCACCUUUUUCCUAGACAAGUCGUUCAUGGAAGUGGAGACGCCAAUAUUGGCAUCUGUUGCCGGCGGCGCGGUUGCUAGGCCGUUCGAGACAUCCGCAACUGAAUUUCCUGACCGACCUCUGUCGCUGAGGAUUGCUCCAGAGCUAUGGCUCAAGCGCCUUGUUGUUGGCGGGUUCGAUAAGGUGUUUGAGAUUGGCCAAUCAUUUCGCAAUGAAGGUCUCGAUAAAACUCACAACCCUGAAUUCACAACCUGUGAAUUUUACCACGCAUUCGCCGACCUAGAAACGUUAAUAUCACUGACCGAGUCCAUUUUCACGGGUCUCUCGCAACACGUUCACAAUCUAAACCAAACACUACCAACCCUAUCGCCAACCACAGCCAGUUUCGCAGCGCCCUUCAGCCGCCUAGACUUCAUCCCAGAUCUCGAGGCAGCAAUGGGCCACAAGCUCCCAGACUUUGUCUCCACGCCUACUGAAGAAGCAGCAAAAAUAAUCCUCGACCUCUUCGAACAGCUGCACCACCCACCGCCGACAAACGCAACCCUCCCCCGCCUCCUCGACCGCCUAAGCUCCAUCUACCUCGAACCGCAAUGCAAAAACCCAACCUUCAUUAUCAACCACCCGGAAUGUCUCUCGCCGCUCUCGAAAUCGUUCAUCCACCCGGCCAACGGGCAAGUGGUGACUGCGCGAGCGGAGCUCUUCGUUGACAAGCGGGAGAUGGUGAAUAUGUACGAGGAGGAGAACUCACCGUUUGAGCAGAGGCGCAAGUUUGAGAUCCAGCUUGGGUUCCAGGGGCAGGCGGUGGAGGAGGAGGGGGAGGGGAAGAUGGAUGAGAGUUACGUGCAGGCGCUGCAGUGGGGGUUACCGCCGACGGGCGGGUGGGGGUGUGGGGUUGAUAGACUGGUGAUGUUGUUUACGGGGGCAGGGCGGAUUGGGGAUGUGUUGAGUUUUGGGAAUUUGAGGAGUGUGACGCGGUCUGAGUAAGGGGAGAAAUUUCGCCUCGCUCUUUGGGAGAUUAUAUCAGGAUGAGAUAUGUAUUUGUAUGGGUGUUUUUCACUUUUUGUUCUCCCUUUAAUGAUAGAUGGAUUAAAUGUAUGAUAGAAACUCAGAUGAGAGAGGGUGAUUGGAUAGAUGUACCAUUUUAGAUCGACGUUGACGUGCCAUCACCAUCAUAUUAACCUCGAUGCUCAUCGACAGGAUACUAACGAAGGCAGCAAUCAGGCAACCAGGCAGCGAAGACAGGUGCAUCAGGUAACUUGUUAUAGAAAUAUCCCAGCUUUUCCCCCUUCAUCAAUAAUCAUAAUCCCGGACCAGGUCCGGUGCUAUGUUUAUCCGGCCGAUCAACCCCUGUUUCUUGGCUCGGUGAUGAUUGUCUGGCAGCAACAACUCGUCAGUCCUCACGGAUGACAAUAACAUGAACUCGACAUCGUAAUGACACUUCCAUUCGGCCCCUGGACACUUACAAAAAGUGAUCUUUACGGCGCUGGCGUCGGGGUAACCUCCCAGACAUCCCGAAUUCAACAUACCGGGGAUAUUUUUAACCGGUCUGGCUUCCCUUCUAGAGCCACACUUCCCGGCGAUGCCGUCGUAUCGCAAGCAUUAUGCAUCACUACUUGCUAUCGCCGUCGGCUUUCUAGCCUUGUUCUUAUGGGGCCCCCAACGUUUACGCAAUGUGGGUUGGCUGAGCUUCCACGCGGUUGUUUUUUUUUUUCUUUUUUUUUUUUUUUCUUUUCUUUUCUUUUCUUUUCUU